AUGGCUGAGGGCUUUUUGUGCUGUCGGUCCAAAUUCACUAACCGGAACCCGGGCGGCGACACCCCGGAAACCCAGAGGUCCCUGAGCCCUACACCCCGCCCGCGCCCCCUCCUUAAACCACCCCCGGGAGAAAACGGACCCGGGGCGCCCCGAAAACGCAGGGGCCCCCGCGCCGGCAGGCGGGCACGGAAGGGGCCGCGGCGCCACAACGGGGGCGGGGGGGGGGCCGGGCCGCGGCGGGAGCGCCGGCAGGGCGACGCGGGGCCGCAGCGCCGCGGGAGAGGCCGGCCAAGGCACGGCCAGGGCAACCCAAACCGACGAGCGGCGAAGGAACGGGCGAGACCGGGCGAGAAGCGCCCGACGGGACCAGCGCGGCGCCCGCAAGGGGGGACCGGGGCGGCCGGGUGCACCCCCCGCAGGGCGGCGGGGGCGACCAAAGACGGAUCAACAAGCCAGCCGGCCGCGGGGACCGGCCGCGGGGCGGGACACAUCCCCGAAGAACCCGGGGCCACGAAAGAGGCGGGACAGAGCCGGGGGGGCCCCCCGCCGCGGGCCGAGCCGCCCUCCCCCCUCCCACCCCGCCCCCCCCGAGGACAACAACACAUCCCCCCCCCCCUCACUGGCCGCGCCCCCUCCCUCCGCGUCCGCUCGGGCGGGCGGGGGGGGGGAAGGAAAAAGGACCACACGGCGACCCAGGGCCGGGGACCCCCGGCGGGGGAGGGACGCCCGCGGGCCGGAGACCCAAGACGGGGACGAAGAAACUCUGAUAAAUAA